UUUUAUUUACACAAAGGAGCAGAGAAAGUGAGUAGAGCUCGCUCCGGCAGAAGAUGGGCGGAAAAGGGAAGCAACGGUGGUGGAGAUUAUCCGAUCGGAGAUGGCUUUCAUAUAAAUACGACCAGGAAGACACGCCCCGCGAAUUCCUUUGCCCCGUUUUGGGCCGAUUGAUGUUUGAUCCUGUCGUGGUUUCCUCCGGCCACACCUUCGACCGCACUUCUGUUCAGGUUUGCAAAGAUUUGGGCUUCCGCCCCCAGCUCCCCGACGACCGCACCCCUGAUUUCUCCGCCGUUAUUCCAAAUAUGGCUCUCAGAGCCGCGAUUCUCAACUGGUGCGACAAGUCUGGCGCCACCAAACCCCUCCCGCCGGACUAUUACGCCGUCGAGUCCACUGUUCGAGCCCUGAUGACUGAUUCGGGUCGUGCUGCUGAGGAUCCCGGAUUCCGGGUCUCGGAGAAGGAACUGCUCAGAGCCGUUUCGGAUCACCCUCCGGCGCCGCUUUCCCGGGCCUCUUCGGAGUUGAAUCAGAGGUAUAACCACAAUCUCUACUAUUCCAUGAGCUCCGAAGAGUCUGUGAUUGCCAAUUCCCCGCCUCUGCCCGCGUGUUUAUCCUCCCCGACGUCCCUAUCGAAUUCGUCGGAGAUCAUUUCAGACGAAGCUCCGUCCUCCGCCUCCAAUUCGUCAUCCUCGUUGUCGGGUGAUGAAUACUAUGUCGCGCAGUUCGAGAAAUUGGAUUCAUUUGACCAAGAACAAGCAGUGAUUGAGCUGAGAAAGGCGACCAGGACAAACGAGGAAGCUAGGGUUUCCCUCUGCACUUCGCGGCUUUUAUCGGCGCUGAAGCCGCUUGUGGUGUCCAGAUACGCCGGGAUUCAGCCCAACGCCACAGCCGCGCUGGUGAACCUCUCGCUUGCUAAAGUCAACAAGUUGAAGAUCGUUCGAGCCGGGUUCCUCCCCCUGCUGAUUGAUGUUCUGAAGGGCGGGUUCGAGGAGUCGCAGGAGCACGCCGCCGGGGUGAUUUUCAGUCUGUCGCUCGAGGACGACAACAAGACUGCCAUCGGUGUGUUGGGCGCGUUGCAGCCGCUCUUGCACGCCCUCAGGACGGGGACAGAGCGGACUCGCUGCGACUCGGCGCUGGCGCUUUACCAUCUGACCCUGGUGCAGAGCAACCGGUCGAAGCUGAUAAAGAUGGGAGCUGCUGCGGCGCUGGUGGGGAUGCUGAACGGGGGCGAAUUGGCCAGUAUAGUGGUUCUGGUGGUGUGUAAUUUGGCGGCGUGUGCCGAGGGGAAGGCGGCUCUGCUGGACGCCCAGGCGGUGGAGACGGUGGUGGGGUUGCUUAGGCACGGCAGCGAGUUGGAUGAGGCCACGCAGGAGAAUUGCCUGGCGGCUCUGUACUCACUGAGUCAGGGGUGCCUGAGGUUCAAGGGAAUGGCCAGAAACGCAAUGGUGGCGGAGGUGUUGCAGGGUGUGUCGGAGAGAGGGAGCGAGCGGGCUAAGGAGAAGGCCAAGAGGCUGUUGGAAGUGCUUGGAGCCGGAAACGAGGACGAGAUGGUCAGCAGCGAAGAAGAAGAAGAAGAAGAAGAGUUGGAGGUGGGUCUGAGCCGGCCUCGGCACCGAGCUGGAAAAGGCCAUCUCGGUGCUGAGUGAACCGAGUUGUGAAGGCCAUUGAUGAGGAUGAUUGGUAAAGAGGUGUGUUUGUGGUAAUUUAGUGAACCUUUACUUCUUUAUCCAGUUUAUUGAAUUUAGUGUGUUUUUUGGUCAAAAGAAAACUAAAACUUCUUUCUUUUGCUGUUAGCGGAGUAUAUAUAUUUACCACUACUCCUGUUUUGCUUGGAACUUACCUGCAUCUACCUCUAUGUAAACCAGUUAAGGAUAUAUUCUUUGGGCAGGAGACUGGUAGUAG